AUGGAUCUUGCUAUCGCAAAUUAUGGUACAAACAAUGUUGGUAUACUCCUUGGAACUAGUAACAGUACUUUUGCAAAUCAAAUCACGUUUUCAACUGGUCCGAAUUCCCAUCCAUACUCGCUUGCUGUUGGUCAUUUAAACGACGACGCCAAGCUAGAUAUUGCCAUCGCUAACUAUGGCAAUAACAGUGUAGGCGUGCUUCUGGGUCACGGUAAUGGGGCUUUUAUGAGUCAAAUGACUUAUUCCCUCAGUGCUGCUUCUCCAUAUUCUAUUGGUAUUGGUGACUUCAACAACGACAAUCGAAUGGAUUUAGUUGUAACCAAUAAUGGUACUAACAAUACAGCUCUACUUGUCGGAUAUGGCAACGGUACCUUUGCAAGCCCAAAAAUGUAUUCAACUGGAUCUUCUUCAUCAAUCUCCAUUGCCAUAGGUGAUUUAAACAGAGAUAAUCGUUUAGACAUUGUCAUCAUCAAUAAUGAUACGAGCACCAUAAGUAUCAUGCUUGGUUAUGACGAGUUUUUUCCCAUUCAAAGAACAUAUUCAACUUCCAGUGUGCCAUAUUCUGUAGCUGUUGGUAAUUUUAAUAACAACACCCGACUGGAUAUCGUCGUUGCUAUUUAUGGUGACAACACUAUAAGUGUUCUUCUUGGAUAUGCAAAUGGCACUUUUGCAAAUCAAACGAAGUAUUCAACUGGCUCUGCACCAAUCUCUACAGCUGUUGGUGAUUUUAAUAAUGACACCCAUUUGGAUAUCGUCAUCGCUAAUCUUUAUGGCUACACUGUAAGUGUCUUUCUCGGAUAUGGAAAUGGCUCUUUUGCAAAUCAAAUGAAAUAUUCAACUGGCUCUCAGCCACUCUCUGCAGCUGUAGGUGAUUUUAACAACGACACCCAUCUGGAUAUCGUCGUUGCUAAUUCGGAUGAUAACACUAUAAGUGUACUUCUCGGAUAUGGCAAUGGUUCUUUUGCAAAUCAAACGACAUAUUCAACUGGUUCUCUACCAUCUUCUGCAGCUGUUGGUAAUUUUAACAAUGACAUCCAUCUGGAUAUCGUCGUUGCUAAUUGGGGUGACAAGACUAUAAGUGUCCUUCUCGGGUAUGGCAAUGGCUCUUUUGUGAAUCAAAUGAAACAUUCAACUGGCCAUCAACCGUGGUCUGUAGCUGUUGGUGAUUUUAAUAAUAACACCCGACUGGAUAUCGUUGUUGCUAAUGCGGGUGACAAUACUGUAAGUGUAUUUCUCGGAUAUGGAAAUGGCUCUUUUGCAAAUCAAACGACAUAUUCAACUGGCUCUAAGCCAGAAUCUGUAGCUGUUGUUGAUGUUUGUAAACAGUUGAAGAAGCAAAGUGUUCAUUCAUCCAUUCUUAUCAAUGCAGCUGGUUUCACAUACACCGGCAUUGAUGAUACUGCUCGUUGUCUCAUAUGUGGUCUAGAAGUAUCUGAAUGGACAGCACAUAUGAAUCCAUUUACUGUUCAUGUUCAACAAAGUCCAAAUUGUUCAUUUGUGCAAUCUAUUGUAUCAAAGAAUCGAAUGAAUUUUUCUUCUUCAGAUGGUUCAAUAACAGAGAACCAAAACUUUGAAUUAUCACAACAUAAAAAAAUCGAUCAAAAGAUUGACUAUUGCCUGAUAGAAGUAGAGAUAAUGAAAGAAAUUCGUUGUCGAACAUUUUCACAUUGGCCUCAUCAGAACGUACUAUCUCGAACACAAAUGACUUCGGCUGGAUUUUUUUAUUGUAAUGUUGGUGAUCGUGUCAUUUGUUUGUAUUGUAAUUUAAUUUGUCAGCAAUGGACACCACAUACUGAUGAUCCAGAAGAAGUACAUCAAACUCUUUCACCUCUAUGUCCAUAUGUUUUAUUUCUUUUAAAAACUCAUCAAACAUCAACUGUAUCAAUUCUUAAUGAUAGGACAAAUAAUCGAGCAGUAACAUCUAAUCUAUUACGAUUUAAUGAAAUAGUUCAAGCAUCAGCAUCACAUAGAGCCUAUAUUGAAAUUUCGAAACGUCAAACAUCAUUUAAUUCUUGGCCUCAAGAAGAAUUACCUUCUGUAGAUGAUCUUGUUCGAGCAGGAUUUUUUUAUACUGGUUCAAAAACAAUUGUUACCUGUUUUUAUUGUAAUGGAUCACUUCAAAAUUGGGGUCCAAAAGAUAAUCCAUUGAUUGAACAUGUACGUUGGUUUCCACUUUGUGCCUAUGCUAAACAAUUAUGUGAUGAUGAACUUUAUCGAAAAGUUCAAGAAUCAAAACGAAUUCAUCAAGAACGCACUAGAACAAAUCAAAUAGAGAAAAAUGGAAAUUUUUCAAACGAUCAUUCAACAAAUAAUUCUCAAUUAGUAAUUCCUGAUGAGAACACAUUGUCACGAUUUGUGGCGGCUCGACUUGAUUUGCCUAUUUCACAAAGUUUACUCAAUCAAAAUUUCAAAUUAUCAGUUAUAAAACGUUGUUGGGAGGAUCAACUAAGAUUAAAGCAAAAUGAUUUUACAACUGAUUGUGAUUUAUUAAUUGCUUGUAUUAUUCUUCAAAAACAAAUCGAUCAUAUCAAUGGUCGUCAAGAAAACAUUAUUAUACCGAGUAUCAAGAUGAAAAUAAUUCGUGAGAAAGAACAAUCUGGUUCAUCAUUGUCGUCUACACCACCAAUGAACAAAUCAUCUUCAUCAAAUUCAUCGAAUAUCAAUAACACAGUUGAAUCAAAAUCAACGAUUGCAACGACCGACAAUCAAUCAAAAACUAGUUCGACAACGGAUAUUGUGUCGUCGAAUUUGUGUAUACUUUGUUUGACAGAAGAUAAACGUCUUGCAUGUAUGCCAUGUGGACAUUUAGCAACUUGUGUUCCAUGUGGUCAUUCACUUCGAACAUGUCCAGUUUGUCGAAAAGAAAUAGAGGCUUUUGUACGCAUCUACAUUUAA